CUGAAAGGGCGCCAUGUGCUGCUCCAAGAACUGCAAUUUCUCGUAAUAGCGCGAUCGGGGGCAGAACUCCUUGCCCUCCAGUUCGCACUUCAGUUGGCGCGCCUUUUCCUUGUGAUGGUACGGUAUAAAUGGUGGAUUCUUCCGCGGUCAUACUGAAUACAAUCACAAACAAUUAAAUGCUGAAGGAAGAAACAUGUCGUGCAGCAACGAAAAAAGCGGAAAGCUAAAAUAUUCCCAUGUUUUAGGAGAAAACGAGUGGAAGCAACUUAUGGGAAGUCCGCGCUUGCCCAAUGUCAUAAGGCAGCCCGCUCAGGAUCGUCUGAAGCGGCUGCAAACAAAUUUGAAGCGGGAUGUCAAGCGACCCACACGUAGAUUCUCGACAUCAAGCCAACCGGAGAUUGAUGUUCCGAUUCCAGUUCCCAGCCGCCGAGCAAGUUUCUCCGAGGCCGCAGAGGCCAUUCCCUCGGCCAUUCCCUUGGCCAAAUCCCCACCGCAUAGAACGUUCGUGGGGCGCAUGAGAAUCCAGGGCAAACCACCAAGGCGUUUGUCCAUCAUCAAUCCCUGGGAGAAGCCAAUGGCUCUGGUGGAUGCCAGCAACCGUCUGAAAGCGGGCAGUUCCCAAAGUGCCCACCAGCGUCUAUCGCAGUUGAGGACCCUUCUGCAGCAAGAGCAAAAGGCCAAGGAGACCAACAACAAUGAUGUGGUCAAGGCCAACGAACAGGGUAACAAGAAACAGCCUGGAACAUCCGCCAGCAGCGCAAUUCCAAGUGCAUUUAACAGCUCGAAGGCCGUUGAGGUGGGUCCAGAGCCCAUGGAAUGGGAGGAGUUCACUGAAGAUGAGCCUCCGAAGCAGGCUCAGGAUCUGGCCUUGAAGGAGAACGAGUUCAAUAGGAUUGAGUCUACCGAGGAGGACGACAUUUCGCUCAUUCGUCAAGCCGCCGACGGCGAGGAGUUGCCCGCCCACCUUCAAGAUCACAUGUACUUCGUGCUGGACACAAACGUCCUUAUGCAGAACAUCAAGUUCGUGGAGAGUCUGACCGACGUUGUGCUGCCGGGAACGGUGGGCAGUGUGCUGUACAUUCCCUAUGUGGUCAUCAAGGAGCUGGACAAGCUCAAGGGUCAGCAUCAAGACGACCGCGAUGUGAAGCGACUGGUUGCCGUGCGAGCCAUACGCUAUUUGAACACUAAGUUCGAUGAGAGUUUGGAAAUUCAAGCUCAAUCGGCCAUCGAGGCGGCGCAGCACCUGAUCGAAGUGGACUGCCCGGACGACAGCAUCGUCAACUGCUGCCUGCAGCUGCAGCAACAUGUGCCGAACGUGAUGCUCGUCACCAACGACCAAAAUCUCCGUCUCAAGGCCAACGCCUCGGCCAUUCAGGUCUCGUGUCGCUCCGACCUCAUGGCCACCUAUCCCUAUGAGUUUGCCGCCUUGGGUGACUAGCUCGAAUCCAUCUAGUCUCACUACUCUAGUUACUAUAGACUGCGUUUGUGAUAUCGGAUCCGGGAGAAACUGGCAGGGAUCCACCAGUCAGGCCACUGCACCGCAGCACACAUGAAGUACAAUCUAUCAUUAACACUCAUAUCAUAUUUAAGGAGGAGACAGCCACCGGCGAUGUUCACUGAAGACUAGCGUUACGGAUUUAGAUUUAGAUUCUACUGCCCUGCCUUUUGCUACGAGCAAUAAAGCUUAUUUUUCGUUAUA